GGGGCGGGCUGUGGGCGGCGGAAGCGGCGGCCAUGCUGCGCGGCCCGGCUCUGCUGCUGGUGUUGCGGCGGGCGGCUCGGGGCGGCCCCGCGCACGGCCGGCACUGCCGCCGGCAGCAGAAGCGGGAGCAAAGCUCGGGCUCGGGCUCCGGCUCCGGCUCCGGCUCCGGCUCAGCGCGGCCACAGCCCCUGGAGCCAUCAUUGCUGCGCUUCCUGGUGUGCCCGCUCUCCAAGCGGCCGCUGAGGUACGAAGAAGCUACGAACGAGCUCAUUAACGAGGAGCUGGGUAUCGCGUACCCCAUCAUCGACGGCAUCCCGAACAUGGUUCCGGAGGCUGCCAGGAGGACGCACAAGAAGCCGCCGGCCGAGGGCUCGGAGCAUUCGUGA